AUGGACGGAUUCAACAACACUGAAGCUUUAGCUCAUGUUUUAGAUGGUUUAAAACCAGUUUUAGCUGAAAGUGUUAUUUAUCCUUCUGAAAAAAUGUUAGAUUCCAUCCAUAGGGCCCUUUGUGCAAAGCUUUUUGAAUCAUUAGAGUCAUCAUUUUUCAUUAAACAGUUAAGCUCCAAGUGUUUGGACUUUAUACAUAACGUUGUGGGCUCUAUUAUCCAAUCUGAACUUGAAGAUCUUCAUCCAUAUGACUUGAAUAUUCCAGAUCAUUCAAAUACUUUACCAAUUGAAUCUGCAACAAUUUCCUACAUUUCCAACACCCCAUUUUAUAUAUGUGCUUCACAACUUGUCACAAAAGCCCCAAGAGUGGCUUGUAUUCCUUGUGUUCCCAAAGGCAAAGGUUCAGAAGAUUUAGAAGACCAAGUUUUUCAAGGAAGUGCUAUGAGAAACCUUAAUAUUGGUACACCAAGAUUGAAAAAAAAAGCUGUCAAAGUUUUAGAAGGCCCAGUUUUUCGAAAAGUUCAUACCCCCAAGAUUGGUUCAACAAACUUGAGAAAAAAAGUUGCCAAGGUUGUCAAGUCGGUUUUACGAACCCAUGAUUGGGAAGGAUUUGAAGAAUUGAAUGAAAGGCAAUUGCAUUAUUAUUUUUUUGAUAUGAUUCGUGACAAGUUGUCCCGAGAAAAUGGAUUUUACAUAUUACAUACAGAUCAUUACAUGAUUUAUGAUAUCAUCGAAGGUUUUACUAAAUAUUAUAUGAAACGAAAUCUAGUGGUGAAAUUUUGGUUAGCUUGUCUUACUAUUAUUUUUGUCCUACGUUUAGCACUUCCACGCUGA